ACAAGGGGCAGGCGCUACAAAGUAUAAAUAGUCAGACUUCAAUAGCUCAUCCCUGUGUGAUGUCUGUGGAGUGCUAAGCACUGACUGGGGGGGGGGGUCUCUCCCAAUAUCUUAUCAUUAUCAUCACUAUCACUGAGGAGCCUGGAAGGAAGAACUGCCUGCUCCUCAUCCUCACCACUAUGGAAGAACUCACCGCCUUUGUGUCCAAGUCAUUUGAUCAGAAGAUUAAGGAGAAGAAGGAAGUGAUCACUUACCGGGAGGUUCUGGAGAGCGGCCCGGCCCGGGGCAAGGAGCAGGCCUGUGCCGAGGGGCUCCGGGAGGACGGGAUACCGGUGACCCGGGGGAUAGCAGGGGGUGGAGGUGGCGGAGGAGGAGGUGGAGGUGGUGGUGCCAGAUCACCGGUGCUGGAGCUGGAGAUGACCGCCGACAGGAUCCGGGACAGCGGGAGCCCCAAACUAACAGAGGUGUCCCCAGAUAUGAAGGAACGGAAGGAGGACCUGAAGGUUCUGGAGGAAGAGGGGCAGACAAAGAUCAAGCAGAGAAGGAGUCGGACCAACUUCACCCUGGAGCAGCUGAACGAGCUGGAGCGGCUGUUUGAUGAGACCCAUUACCCUGAUGCCUUCAUGAGGGAAGAGCUGAGCCAGAGGCUGGGGCUGUCCGAGGCCAGAGUACAGGUCUGGUUUCAAAAUCGGAGAGCAAAAUGCAGAAAACAAGAGAACCAGCUGCAUAAAGGAGUUCUUAUAGGAGCAGGGAGCCAAUUUGAAGCUUGUCGGGUAGCACCUUAUGUCAAUGUGGGAGCUCUGAGGAUGCCCUUCCAGCAGGAUAGUCAUUGCAACGUGCCAUCCUUGUCCUUCCAGGUUCAGGCACAGUUGCAGCUGGACAGUGCUGUGGCACACGCUCAUCACCACCUACACCCACAUCUGACAGCCCACGCCCCGUACAUGAUGUUCCCUGCUCCACCCUUUGGUCUCCCAUUGGCAACGUUGGCGGCAGAGACGGCGACGGCUGCGUCAGUAGUAGCUGCUGCUGCAGCAGCCAAGACCACAAGCAAGAACUCAAGUAUUGCAGAUCUCAGACUGAAAGCCAAAAAGCAUGCAGCUGCCUUGGGGCUUUGACUAUCAAUGCUUGGGGCCUCAGAUUGUGGGGCCCUACAGACGUUACCCUAAGUUCGUUAUUUAUGACAUGGUCUCAGUCACAGCCAAAACCCCCUUUGAAAACUUCAAGGGAUGAAGAGGUAAUAACUCAAACACCAGAAAACGUUUUCAUUUGAGAUGUUGGUCCUCCAUAUGGUAUCACUACCUACAAUAUACCUUCCACUUUCUCGGACCAAAAUGGCUACUAAGACUUUGAACGUAUGGACACUGAGACCACAGAGACAAAGCACUAAUUAUAUUUCUUAAAUAAUCUAUAUAUUAGAAUUUUUGUAUGCUGAUGUGUGUGGAAAAUGGGGGAUAGGGUUCACACACAUUUUGUGCUGUGGAACGUAAAAGAGAAGAAAAGUGGAACAAAAAUAAUAGAUGUGAUCUAUUAUGAAAGGCAAAACAAGGAGAAAGAGGUUUUGAAGUUCCCAAGUUUUGACACUGACCCUUUUGUGCAAAGUUCACUUUAAUACAAGGAAUACAACAAGUGAGGCGGGCCUCCUUGUGUAUCAUCUUCUGGAUACCCCAACACUUCUGGAAGAGUGACUAGAGUAAAAAAUGAAGACUAUUUAUUUGCUUAUUUCUAGUGGCAAAAUGUACAACUGACUCUGCAACAAAAUCCUGGUUUGCAUGUAUUUUUCUCAUUUCAUUGAUGCAGUUUCUAUUUACAUAGCCUUCAUCCUUCAAUUUAGCUAAAGAAAAAGCUAUAAGACAGUGCUUGCCAUCUGCAGUCCUUAAGAAGUAUAAGACCCUUUAUAUACAACUUCACCUACUUUGGUGACAUAUGUCUGUGGGGAAAUAUCUGGUAUUCAGAAAGCGAAUGGACUGAGUCUUUUUCUUGAAUAGAACCCAUGAUCCAAAGGGGAGAUGUAAUUUGACUCUUAACAUUGGCCAGGAGUGUACUGUAUUAAAGAUGAUAUUUAAUGCACAUCCCAUGCUAGCCUUAAGGCUACAUGUAAAAUAUGUUAAUACACAUGAACAAAAUUUAUUUUGGUUACAUUGUGACUCGAUAGGUAAUUGUUAGCAUUUUCUUUUCAGCAGAGGUGUAUUCUAUUCAAGUACUUUGUGAUCCUUAUUUUGAAUACAUAUAGAUAUUUAAUGUGGAAGUGGCGAUUGUAAUCACAGUUUGCUAGCAAACGCAAUUUGGAGAUUUGAGCAAGGGGCGGGGGGAAGAAAAGCUCUCCUAGAAAUGAACUCUGACGGGUGGGCUUUGUAACUAUUUGUUCUCCAUGAAAACAAGUUAUUUAUAUAUUCCAUUUUCAGUGUGCUUUUAAGUUAUUUUACACUUUGUAUGUUAUUGCUGCAUAACAUUUGAUGUUGGUACAAUAUAUUUUAAAAGAAAUCACUCAGGUUUAUUUCAUCUCUGUUAACCACUUUUGGCUACGUAAUUUCAAAUACAAAGCUUAUCAAAACUGAACUAAAAUGCCAAAGUUUGUUUUUU